GUAAAUGAUUAAAAUGACUCUCCUUCCGUGAAACGAAGUUUCAAAAAACAAAUCUGUUUAUUUUUCACGAUGCGAAUCGUCGCCCUUUAAAUAGAAUUUAAAUGCUUUCCGACAUUUCUCGAACCAAGUUCGUGAUCGCUGCGGUACAUUCUCGAGUGACAGGUAGUCUUUCGUGCAUAGGCCACCAGACAUUAAAGGCUAAUAUUGAGGCCGUUCACCCGAUUGUUUCGUUCUAUCAAAUACGGGGUCAAAGGCAAGCAUGCCAUACCUUCGUUACUGUAUACCAACAAUCAUUACCAUUUCGAUCUUAAUCCUUUAUCUUCCGGACGCGCUACAAAGAAACACAGGAGGGAAAAUCGAUGAUCGCUUAAUUAAUUGAUUAUAUUAUUAUUAUUGUUAUUCGCGAUAUUUACGAUAAUCCCGAGAAAUUCAUUCAUUCGUUUCUGCAACGGAUAAUACGGCCCAGUCUGCUGGGGGCAUAACGACAGAUAAUUUCCUUCGGUUUGAUACAUAAGUUGAUGCACCCGGUUCAUCCCGCAAAAAUGCAUUCGGGCUGCGUGGCUGCGCCUCUCGGAGGGGAUCUGGCAGAGAAUAGGCAGUGCUAGGGGUACCCGUGCUGGCCAAUAGGAGACGCUACAAUGUGUGCCGGACCAAUCGAGGAGCCGGUGAAAACCAUGGCUCUUGGGGCGGGAGUGCUCACAUCGUAUAAAUUGCUGCUAGACUGAUACGUCCUUUUCAGUCGCAGGUUGACAACCGUUCUGCCACGCUCGUAAACGUAUUUAUUUACAAAUAAAGAAGAGAAAAAAGAGGCAGAAUCAGAGUGCAUUGUCGGCGCCAGUGGGAAUCACAUUUUUCCUUAUGCGAGCACGGACUAAACAUCGACAGUGGAAACAGUGAUAAAAACGAAACAGUGAUUACGACGACGCAGUGAACAGGUUCACCUGCGAACCGCGACCGCGAAUACAGUGGGAGCAUGCAGGGCUACCAAAGGAACUACGAAGGUCAGCAGAGAGAUCAAAGGGAUGAUGAGACUAUUGUCGUGGACCUCGUGGCACCGCAAUAUCAACUAAGCCCUCCUCAUAGUCCGCCGUCGGGGAAUUUGUCGAAGACGCCUGAGAAAGACAGUUCACCGACGCAGCAGCAACAGCAGCAACCGUUGUCUUCUAUGGACCCGAACAUCAGGAGGUACCGGACCGCAUUCACCAGGGAGCAAUUGUCGCGACUGGAGAAGGAGUUUCACAGAGAGAAUUACGUGAGCAGGCCGAGAAGAUGCGAACUCGCUGCCCAGCUACACCUGCCCGAGUCGACGAUCAAGGUCUGGUUCCAAAAUCGACGAAUGAAGGACAAACGUCAGCGCAUGGCGAUGGCGUGGCCGUACGCCGUGUACACGGAUCCAACCCUUGCCGCGACCCUGUUAGCAGCGGCCACGGCUACAUUGCCGCCGCCGCCUUACCACGGCGGGCCAGGUCUUCAGGCGACUCACAUGACACCGAACUACCCGGCGGCCGCUGCGGCAGCCUAUUACGCGGCCAGGUACUCGCCUUACACCGCCGCGGUGGUGCCGACGAGCAGCGGAGCGUCUCUUCACAGGCCGCAUCCGCGAACGGCGGCCGCUUACCCGGCGCACCCCCAUCUCCUCCAGCAUCACCCAUCGCUGCCGCCCCUGCACCUGCCGAGCCUGGGCGUUCCUACGAUCGACAAUACCGCCUUCCAGAUGAACAGCCCACCCACGAGCGCCGCGACCACCUACAGGCCGACCUUGCUGCCCGAGCUGAGCCCGGAUCACUCGGACGCUUCCAGCGACUGCGACUGCGUCGGGACGCAGCACCUCCAUCACCAGCCGAACAGCCAGACGAUCCUCGGGAAAAGCAGCCCGCCGUCGGCCGGCCACCCUUCGCCGAUCAAGCUGCCGACAUGCUUGCCGAGCUGCUUGCCGAGCAACAUGCAGACGAUCGGCGGCUUCGAUGGGAAGGGUACGUACGCAGGGCUCGUCGCAACGCCCAGCGUCGUCCAGGCCACGAAGAUCGAGCAGCCGAAGCUGUUCCAGCCGUACAAAAACGACAUCUCCGAAAGAGCGUAAGAAUGUACGUGCGCAACGGACGCGCCAAACGAGUUGUUGUAAUACCGCGGGGAUCGUUAACGGAUCUGUUGUACAUAAUCGCGUGUAAAAUAUAGGCAUAAAUGUACAAUCUUUGAAGGUUCCUCGUCGAGCGGCCGAUAGAUCACUUCGUGCACUAAGUGUUGAAUUGUAAUGAAUUGUAAUCCAAAGACUGUAGCGUUUAAUUUGAUAUAAUUCGGAGCUAUGGUUAGGGGCCCGCCACGCAGUGUCGAGGCGUCGCAUGAAAUCCUGUACAAAUAUCCGUUAGGCUGUAGCGUAGAUCGUAAGUCGUUGAAACGCCGUCGUGCAUGGUUCCACGCAAGCUGCGUUAAUUUUUUUUUUUUUUUGUUUUUUUGGUUCUAAGAACGCGAACAUAAAAAAAAAGAAAUAACUUGUACCUGUGAACCGAAACGUUGCGCGAGAUGUAAGAAUUACGGUAAGCGAGGAUCCGAAUGUGUAACUAAUAGGAGCGUAAUUAGCCGGUAGUAGCGUGUACAGUAAAACGUGCCAUUAUGUAAUUUAUUCCGUCGUUGUCCUACGAUCGCGUAUAGCGCUAAGAUAAACACAGCCAACUACAGACCGAUAUUUAUUAAGCUUAAGUUAGUCACCCGUCUGUCGCCGAAAGACAUAACAGAAAUACAAAGCGAAAUUAUAUGGAUAACCCUGCGCGAAGAGUAUGACUUUUUUAUAUACAAUAUGAACUAUAUAUAUAUAUAUUAUUAGUUUAGUGGCUGUUUACUAAUAUUGAUUUCGACGAUUAUUUUUACUACCUUAGGUUUAAUUUCAUUUUCGUCACGUUCUCACUAAGGUGUAUUAUUAAAGGAGCGUCAAUCGAAUUCUGUGUUAACCGAAGUUAUAAUUCUAGUUAAAUAAAUGGUAAUGAUAAUUGACCUUCCUAAAGAUCAUUAACGAAUCAUUUGUGGACUGUUCAUCAUCGCGUUCUUCCAUCCUUUUCCAAAUCACCGUGGCGUUAAUGAAACACCUGAAUAGACUUAGAGCAAUCGUACUUGAAUAAAUCGCAAUGCUAAUUAA